AUGGGGGUGGACUGUGCCUGGCAAGGCGGGCAAGAUGCAGCUACGCCACCUCCUGCCCCAGCUCAUCUGCAGGGGGCUGGACAAGCUUCUAAUGGGGACUCUUGGGAGCUUCAGAGGCACAACGAGGUGGCAGCAGUGACAGCUGGGGUGAAUGCUUCCUCAGCAAGGACGUCUUCAGCCAGGGCAUCCCCAGCCAUGGUGUCCCCAGCCCCGGCAUCGCCUUCCAGGUCAUCGUCUGGCAGGUCAUCGUCUGGCAGGUCGGCCUCCACGACACACUCUCCAACCAGAGUGUAUCUUGUUAGAACAACACCAGUGAGGGCAGUACCCACCCGGGCGUCUCCUGCCAGGUCACUGCCAGCCACCAGGGCCACCGUGGAGAGCUCAGGUCUCAGCUUGCCCAAGUUCACCUGGCUGGUGGGCCAGAAGUGGCUGCCGCUCACCGCGUGCAUCCUCCUCCUCAUUGCCCUUGUGGUGUCGCUCAUCCUGCUCUUCUACUUCUGGCAGGACUCCACAGGGAUCAAGUACAAGGAGCCGGUUGAGAGCUGCCCCAGGCAUGCAGUUCGCUGUGAUGGGGUGGUGGACUGCAAGCUCAAGAGUGAUGAGCUGGGCUGUGUAAGGUUUGACUGGGACAAGUCUCUGCUUAAAGUCUACUCUGGAAUCUCCCAUAAGUGGCUUCCUGUGUGCAGUGACAGCUGGAAGGACACCUACUCAGAGAAGACCUGCCAGCAGCUGGGCUUUGAGAGUGCUUACCGGACAACUGAGGUGGUCCAUAGGGACUUUGCCAGCAGUUUCUCAGUCUCUAAAUACAACUCCACCAUCCAGGAAAGUCUCCACAGGUCUGAAUGCCCAUCUCAGCAUUACGUCUCUCUCCAGUGUUCCCACUGUGGACAGAGGGCCAUGACCGGUCGGAUCGUGGGUGGCACGUUGGCCUCAGAGAGCAAGUGGCCUUGGCAAGUGAGUCUCCACUAUGGCACCGCCCACAUUUGUGGGGGCACACUGAUCGACGACCAGUGGGUGCUCACUGCUGCCCACUGCUUCUUUGUGACCAGGGAGAGGCUGCUGGAUGGCUGGAAGGUGUACGCAGGCACCAACAACCUGCACCAGCUGCCCGAGGCAGCCUCCAUCUCCCAGAUCAUCAUCAACGGCAACUACACCGAGGAGCAAGACGACUAUGACAUCGCCCUCAUGCGGCUCUCCAAGCCUCUGCCCCUGUCCGCUCACAUCCGCCCUGCCUGCCUCCCCAUGCACGGACAGACCUUCAGUCUCAACGAGACUUGCUGGAUCACAGGCUUUGGCAAGACCAAGGAGACAGAUGAAAAGACGUCCCCUUUCCUCCGGGAGGUGCAGGUCAACCUCAUCGACUUCCAGAAGUGCAAUGGCUACUUAGUCUAUGAUAGCUACCUUACUCCCAGGAUGAUGUGUGCUGGGGACAUUCAUGGAGGCAGAGACUCCUGCCAGGGAGACAGUGGGGGGCCUCUUGUCUGUGAGCAGAACAACCGCUGGUACCUGAUAGGAGUCACCAGCUGGGGCACAGGCUGUGGCCAGAGAAACAAACCUGGUGUGUACACCAAAGUGACGGAAGUCCUCCCCUGGAUUUACAGCAAAAUGGAGAGUGAAGUGCGCUUCCGGAAAUCCUAA